CGGCUCACUCAAAUCAGCUAUCGUUUUUUGCAUCUCGAACGACUCGCUCUCGGCAACACACGAAUUGCAGCUCGGCCCCUUUUGACAGAGGAAGCCUUGUGUCAUCGUGGCGUUCUUUAUGCAAGAGCGAGACAGUCACUGUGGCAGCCGUACAGUGGCUUUUUAAAAACAUAAUGAGAGUUGUUGUGAAUAACAGGGCUCUUUUGAAUCCAUUCUGAGCUGGAGGAUGAAAGUGAAAAUGCUCGAUCGUAUUUGCUCACGAUCCAUUAUGUACAAGUUUGGGUUUUCGCUCAUUUAUUUGACUUUUUUUUUUCUUGUCCCAGUGUUGUUUGUUUUAGAGGUAAAGGUUCCUUGAUGAGUUUAUCUGGCUCUUGCAUCUACUGUUUCCUUGCUAUUUUCCCCUGAGGUGUUACUUUCAGCAUCAGUGGGGGUUUCCAGCGAGCUCGAGAGCUUUUUUUAUGCUGCAAAGCUGAAAUCAAAAGACUUGGGUUGCAGGAGGCUUGCGGUUAACAGUCGUGUAAUCUUUAUGACAGUUGUGUGGUUGUGUUUGUGUGUUUCUUUGUGUGUGUGUGUGCGUGCUCGACUGAUAUUGCAGCAUGUCGCUUAGUAGUCUGGCAUGAAUUGCGUACUGCUCUCGGCCUGCCUUUCCAACCGUCAGACUCAGGGGUUUGGCAUCUCCACACCUACCAAUUUAGCACCUCAAAUGUGGUCAGCAGGGCAGUCUCAAGAGGCCAAGCUCAACUCAAAUUACAGAGAGCGUUUGGUUUCCAUGAAUCAGAUUUUCAGUGACUCCUGCUCUCUAAUUAUAGGUCAGGACCGUUUGUUGCCCGAUUUGUUUUAUGACUUGGAGGUAUUGCGAUAUUCUGGUAUCGCCAGCUCGAGCUUAAUACAAGUGACGACUGGGGGGGGGGGGGGAGCAAGAACGCAGUCUCUUGCGCAAUCUUGAUUAAUUUCAUGCUUGGGGUUUUCAACAAACCCAUGGGGGAAGCCAUGGCCUAAUGGUAAGAGAAGCAGCUUUGGGACCAAAAGGUCGCCGGUUUGAUUCCCUGGACCAUCAGUAAUGGCUGAAGUGCCCUUGAGGAAGGCGCCUAUCCCCUGACUGUUCCGCAGGCUGCUCUGGGUAUGUCGUAUGUCACUCUGGAUACGAGCGUCUGCUUAAGUGGAAAAAAAUAAGUACCAGUACUCCCCAUGUUCACCUGCUGGCAUACGAUUCGGGCGGCUACAUAUCUUACACCCAAGCUUUUAGUCUUUAUAAAUAAGCCAGUCGUUCUGUGAGCAAAACUACUGUACUUGAUCCUAUCCUUGGACCAACAGUCUGGCCGUUCGUGUUGAAGGAGGCUAGUGUUAAUGUCGCGGUUGGCUGGAGCAACAGGCGUUGCUAUAGCAACAGGCUCUUCGCUGUUAGCAGACGCGCUAGUGUUAGCUUGCCACGGUAGAACUCGACUGUCAAAGAGCUGCGUCAUCAUCCAGCUCCGUUUCGACUCUCAUUCUCUUUGUGCCCUUUUGUAGCCGUGCCAACAUUACCAUCCUGUUUUUUGUUUUUCCCGUUUAUCGUUUCCGACUUCUCCGUGAGCAAGAAAGUGAGCGUCACGUAGUCCCGCGAGCGUCGUGUAGUGCACCCUGGGUAAUGUAGUUUAAAUGUCAUAAUGAAUCGCCAAGAGACACUCUGAUAUGGAGAGGACAGGAAAGGGUACCAUGAGCCGGUACGCUGUAAAAAGUCCCGGUACGCCAGGGGUUAAAAUCUAGAAGCGGCAGUACUGCGUACCGGCCCACUUAAAGCACUGCUGUAAUGUAACCUAACAAAAAAGAAAUGGCGUUUUUGGGAUGAUGUCCUGUUCAGUUGGAUUGCUUCUGGUUUAAGCUCUCUGGAUUUGCGCAGUGUUGACUUGAGCAGUGUUUCUACAGCACUUCAUUGUGCCUCUGACCUCAGAAAGCCUUCGGAAAGACUCGGUCCGAUCACAUUAUUUAUCUCAUUUUGUUUUGUAACGUUGGCACAUCACUACAUGUACCUUACAUGUGCUGUUCUGUUGUGUUUUUCUUUUUUUAUUGGAGAAACUCAUGUCUGGGGGGAAAAACAGCACCAGCUUAAAGCUGUGUGUUUUGGCUAGCUGUGCAAAAGUUUCUGUUUAAUGGCCAAAUAUGUGGUUUUCUCUGUUCUUUGUUUGUUUUCCAGCAGCCGUUUGCCUUUCAGACACCGUUUUCUCGUGCGCCUGAAUGUUGGAAGAAAAGCAAAGCGGUGCCUCCACCGCCUUCAUCCUCGCCGUCAACCUCGAUGACAUUUUUUCUGUUCAGGAUGCGAGUUUGACGGGAGGAUGUUUAAAGUCUUUCAAACACUUUUGCCUCCUCUUCUGUCAAAGUUUUUUUUUCUCCCCCCCCUUCAGCUUUUAAAACCCUUUCGUGGUGUGUUGUUUAUGUAGCUCAGAUUAAUGACGUUAACCUGGAAGAGUGUUUCAAGUGUAGUCUUUCUAAACAUAGCGUGACAUUAGUUAAACUGUGUCAACACCGUCGGGGUGAAGUUAAAAAGUCGGUCUUGAUUGAUAGGGAUCCACUUUGCUUGUGCAUGUCUGCCAUUCUGCUAAACCUUGCUGUUAUUUUAAGGGCUGCCAAUGAAACCAUUUUGUAGAUGGAAGCCGGUGCUUUAUAAUGUUCAUUAGACUGCCUCAUGGCAGAGAGAGAUGGAGUUCAUAGAUUUCAUCGGAAUGGCUUUGUGUCUGGAAAACAGCCAUAACCUGCUCACAGACCUGUUCACUGAACCACCUUUGUAUUUCAGAUGGAUUCCCCUGUGUCAACGCCGGCCCCUCCACCUCUUCAUCUCCUCGCUCCAGUUGGCAGCACCGAUAUCUCCUCUCCAUGUGAACAGAUCAUGGUCCGCACACGCUCAGUCGCCGUCAACACAUCCGACGUGGCUCUUGCCACAGAGCCCGAGUGUCUGGGUCCCUGUGAGCCUGGCACCAGUGUCAAUCUGGAAGGCAUUGUGUGGCAAGAAACAGAGGACGGUAUGCUGGUAGUGAAUGUCACCUGGAGGAAUAAAACGUAUGUGGGCACUCUUCUCGACUGCACCAGGCAUGACUGGGCCCCUCCACGAUUUUGUGAAUCACCCACGAGCGAUAUGGAGAUAAAAAAUGGCCGAGGCAGAGGGAAAAGAAUGAGACCCAAUAGCAACACUCCAGUUAAUGAGAAUAGUAACUCCUCUGACAACAAGGGGAGCAAUAGCAGCAAGACACGAGCGGCAUCUAACAACAAAGGACGCCGGGGCAGUCAGAACUCUUCAGAGCGCCGUACGCCACCCAAUAGUAAUACUGAGGACAUCAAGGCCAGCCCAUCAUCCAUAAACAAACGCAAGAGCAAGCCUGCCUCAGACAUGGAGCCAAAUUCUAGCUCGGAGGACACCAAAGGUAGCAAGCGUAUGCGCACCAGCUCCAACAGCGGAAUGCCUCAUGCUGUCCUUCCCAUUCCCGUUAUCAAAGCAGAGCCCCUGCCCCCUUCUCUAGAUCGCAGUUGCCCCUCCCCUGUGCUUAUUGACUGCCCCCAUCCCAACUGCAACAAGAAAUACAAGCACAUAAAUGGCCUGAAGUACCACCAGGCACGCGCCCACAAUGAUGAUGAUAUCAAACUAGAAAUGGAUGGGGACAGUGAAUAUGGAGAGGAUUCUACUUUGCAUCCAGAACCAGGCAGCUGCAAUGGAGCUUCUAUUUCUCAGAAAGGCUGUGUCUCUCCAGCUCGAUCGGUUACCCCAAAAGGUAGAGGGUUUGAUGUUCAGAGCCCAUCACCUUCAUCGGGCAAGUAUGCCUCCAAACAGUCCAGUAAAAAGAAGGCUGAGGUUGACCAUGAUUCUGGAGUGCAUUUAGAUGGCUGCGAAGAUGGCCCAUGUCUGACAGAUGAAGCUAGCAAUGAUGGCAUCGAUGAUAAGAAAAGUGUAGACAAGGCUAAGAAAUCUGGCAGUGGUUCCAAAGCAGAUAAGCUGUCUCAGAAGGCUGUAAAGUCUGCAAGACCGAUUGUACCAUCCAUACCACCACAGCAGCUCUAUGGCUUGCAAGCAUCAAGCUUCCCUGCACCGAACUCUAGUUCCUCUAUGAGCAUGAGCACAGUGGUACAAUCGGUUCCCAAAAGCCCACAGCUGAAAGCCAUCCAGCCCAAGCCUGUUGUAAGUGGAGACCCUUCUAUGAACCCGGCUUUAAGUGGUUCCAAGGACAAAAAGAAAAAGGACAAGAAAAAGAAGGAGGGUGCAAAGGAAGGUGACAGUCCCAAAGCCACUGGAAAAGGAGGGAAGUCCGAGGAAGGAAAAAGUCCUUACUCUGAAUCCUCAGACCCAGGCAGCAAGAGUGAUUGCCUUCUCAACGGUUCAACAGAUCCCCACCAGAGUCGCUUGGCCAGUAUCAAGGCCGAAGCCGAUAAAAUCUAUAGCUUUACUGAUAAUGCCCCCAGUCCAUCAAUUGGCGUAGCCAGUCGGAUAGAGAGUGGAGGUAUGCCCCAGCCUCUCACCCCGCUCCACGUAGUCACCCAAAACGGGGCCGAUAACUCCUCAGUGAAAACCAACAGCCCAGCCUACUCUGACAUUUCAGAUGCUGGUGAAGAUGGCGAGGGCAAAGUGGAAGGUGUGAAGGUAAAGUCUGAAGAUCAGGCACCCAGAGAAGGCGCUAAAAAGGCUCUUUUUGCCACGCAGCCUCCAAACAAAGAGUCUCCCUACUAUCCCAACUAUGAGACAUACUACUCACCCAACUAUGCCAAUCCAAAUCCCAGCCCAGGGGUCUCAAAUACUAGUGUACUGUUACAGGAUGGUGCUGUGAAGGUGAAGAAAGAAGAAGAGACGGACAUGGGGGAUGAAAAAGGCAAAUCGGAACAGCCCGAAGAUCGCAAGACCGAUAUUAGCAUGCCUAGUCAACAGCAACAACAGCCAUCUGUCAUCCAGCAGCGGUCGAAUAUGUAUAUGCAGCCUCUCUACUACAAUCAGUACGCCUAUGCCUAUGGCUAUUCACCAGACCAGGCUUAUCAUAAUCACUUGAUGAAUACUAAUCCAGCCUACAGGCAGCAGUGUGAGGAACGGCAGAGGCAGGCUGCUGAGCAACAUCGAGUGGGAGAGAAGAAAUCUGAGUCCGUUCCGAAGGACAGGGAUGUUUCUGUGAAGGCAGAGGAGUGGAAACAAAAAGCAUCAGUUCCUCCAACUUUGUCUAAAGCACCGAGCCUAUCUGACCUCGGUAAGCCCUCACCCCAGAGCAAACCCAAAGAGUUGACCUCUGAGCCAGCCAAAUCUGUCAUCAUCCCAAAGGCGGAAGAUGGGAAGCCACCGGUCCAGGCGCCAGAAGGGCUGAAGAUGAAACUGAGUGAAGGCGGACACCAUGGAAAAGAAGAGCAGAAACUGAGUAUUGACUCCGGAAGGCCUUCAGCCAUGGAACAGGCCAUGUACAUGUACAGACAGGAGCCUGAUUCUCGACUCUGGCCCUACGUUUACCCCAGCAAGUACCCUGAUGCGCAGAAACAGCUCGAGGAGGAGCGGUGGAAGGAAGAGCGAGAGCGUGAUAGAGAUCGAGACAGGGACAGAGAACGAGAUCGGGAGCGAGACAGGAAGAGUAAAGAAGAGAGACCUCGUCCCAAAGAUACUCCUAAAGAAGAGGGCAAAGAUGGGAUUGAGCCACGGACCUCAACAGCCUCUGAGGAGCAUAGAGGGCUGAGCAAAGACCCCAGAGCCCAUAUGCAGUUCUCUUCAGCUCUGCCUCAACACCAGUCUUAUAUGCCAUACAUGCACGGAUACCCCUACAGCCAGGGUUAUGACCCGAGUCACCCAGGAUACAGAGGGAUGCCGUCUGUGAUGAUGCAGAACUACCCAGGGUCCUACCUGCCAGCAGGUUACUCAUUUUCACCGUACAGCACUAAGAUUUCACCAGGUGAAGAAGGUGAUAAAGCUCGUGCCAGUCCGACAGUAACUGGCAAAUCAGCUUCAGAUUCGAAAGCCUUGGAUAUUCUGCAUCAGCACGCGAGCCAGUACAAGAGCAAAUCGCCCACAGUGGGAGACAAAGCAUCUCACGACCGAGAGCGGAGCGGGGGCGAAAGAGAGCGAGAAGGUGACCGACCACGAUCCUCUCCCUCGCAGAGAUUAAUGCCGUCCCAUCACCACUUGGGUUACUCUCUUAUCUCUGGACAGUAUGAUUUGUCUUAUGCCCCCGCCAUUGUUGCGAGUCAGCAAGCCUCUGGCCCUUCGCUCUACCCCCCUGCACGGAGGCACACAUGACAAUGUCAGAACUGUUCCAUACCUUUUGCUCCAGCACCUCCAGAUGGUGACUUGUGGACCUCAAGCUUCCUUGCAGCCAUGUGAUGAGAUCACAUGAGGAAAGAGUGUGGACUUUAUGACAUCAGUUCAAUGGUGUUCCUGAAUUUUUUGUUUGUUUGUUUGUUCUUCCCGGAUUUCCCGGUGUGUUUGACCCCCAUCAUUGGAGAUGGACGGAGGGUACCAGUAUCACCCCAGCCCUAUGCCCGUCUGGAAGAGCUCGGUCGCACGUCCCCUCUGUCACACUAAUGAGGUACUCAUGAGGGAUGAGACAGGGCGCCUUCUGCACAGAGUCAUGAUGUGGUAGCUCUCAAAAAAAAAAAAUCCUUGGGUUUCAGGAACGUGGGGGACAGAAGAAGCAGGAAAUGGACAGCAUGGAAAUGGAAAUUGACUACUUGGCUUCGUUUACCGGUCUGGAUCUUGAGGAGGAACUUGACGGAACUGUUAAUCAAGUGCCCCAAGAACAGACCACACAAAUUGAUGGAUAUUUCCGUGGUUUUUUUUGUUUGUUUGUUUGGUUGGUUGGUUGGUUGGUUGGUUUUUUGCCUUUUCUGCAUUCUUUUUUUUAAGGGUGAGAAAGAGAACAAUCACCAUCUUCUUGGUUGCUUUUUUUCUCAUUUCUUGUCCAGACAAACACCGGCUGGACUCUAUGCAAGCUAUUGACGCUCACCUCUUUCAUCCAGUUUAGAUUCAGGGGAUAUACUACAGUUCCUGUUCGGAAAAUUUUGCAUCUGCUAACAGGAGUUCAUAGAAAUGAGCCUUUUGUAGUUUUGUUAAGACAUUUAAAACACCACUCUCUCUUCUAAUCAGCCUGUGUCAAUCACCACGUUUUUCUUUGAAGGAGACGAGCAGGCCUCUGCCCACCUGUCCUUUCCCAUCGCCAUCUUCGUAUUGAAUGCUAUACUGGCUACUGGUAGUAGUAGUAGUAGUAGGUAAUGGUUUUCCUCCAAGGGGCUCCAUGUUACUCCAGCGCCAUUUAUAUACCCGCCCUGUAUUUAACUCCACGGUUUGGGACUACUGACCUUCAGCUGCUUUAGAUCGGUGCUCCAGCAUGCUGCAAAGGACUCCAUGUGUGAAGGGGGAAAGGGGGACGACGUCGAGACUGCAUUCUGUGCUACGGUAGUAGGCUGGACCGGAGUAGUGCCUUCCUUUGUGGCAUCACAACCAGCACCUCUGAGCAGCCCUGCUUAGGAGGAAGGCAUUCGUACUCGUAUUCUUAUCGGAGCUUCUCCAUGACCCGGCUUCUCUCACCGAGACGGUCUUUCUGUGAUGAGGCGCAUGUGUCCGCGUGACAUGGGAAUGACCAGACACUUUCCAUACCGCAUGGUCUGGUCAUAAACUAUUGAACACACCCAUGCUGUUGUUCACGAUGCUGCUGCUCGAGAGCCUCAUGCCAAACUGCAUGACCAGAGUGUAAGACCUGGGGGAAGUGCCCUCAUGAACACGCGAAGAGUUCAAACAGGAAGUCUGUACGGGACAUUCACGUCUGCGUGCUGUGGCUAAACAUGGGCUACACUACACCCACUGUGUGAGGUCUGUAGUUGGGUUGGGACUCCACACAGAUUUCUCAGACAGAAUAUGUUAACGCGUAGAGUUCCUGUAUGCCGGAGUACAUGCGCUUCGUCCGUGUUCCAGGUCCCCCCCCUCCUCGGAUAAGCCCCCAGGUUACUCUCCUUCCCACUCUUGUCAUUUGUGGUGUAGUAUAGCACUAGAAAAAUACUAACCUACACCGAGAGAGAGGCAAGCUCUGCACGUUUGCCUCACUUCCUGUCACUCCCAACCCCCUUCUAUCACACACGUACUCACGUUGUGCUUUCUGUAUAUAUUGUACAGAGGAAUUAUUUUAAAGAGGUUGUUGGAUGCUAUUGGAUUUUCCUACUCCUUUUUUUUUUUUGGUCGGUUAGCCUUUUUUUCUACUAUUGUUGAUAUAAUAUGAAUAUGUAGCUGGUGUAACGGCUUUAUAAUUGAAGUGUUUAUUAUAUAUUAAAUAUCCAGCUUGCCCCCCCCUUCACUCUUUUCUUCCUAGCGAUCCCGUGUUCGCUAAGCAUGUCACCACUCAGUGUUCAGUUUCAGUUGGUCUGUCCCGGUUGUUUACGUGAUAUAAUGAAAGCUAGCUGUGGUGAGCUGUAUGAACGGACUUUGUCCAGAUUAGUGCUAGCAAUCAGUAAAUAAAUACAGGUCUCAUUCUGCUCCUAACAGAUUUGCCCGAGUGCCAUUUUCCCCUGUCCUGUCAGGGGCCACGUGGUUAAUCCCUUAAUGUCCCGAGUCAGUUAUUCCGCUUAAGGUACAUAAUUUAGUUACUUCGGUAUGACCUAAGCAGAAAAGAUGAGCGAGGAAUGUAAACCUGACCCGCUUCAGGGGGUUAAACCAGUUCCCUCUGUGACCUGCUUCCACAAGAUGCACGUCAGUACAGCAAGGCAGCUCUGCUGUAUUUAUGAAGUGCCAUCGACACAAGAAGAGGUUUAUUGCAUCCACACUAAACAAAAAUGCGUUUCAGCAUAUAACAGACUAACUGAAUCGUCACUUAGUCCGACCUUAAACACUAACAGACGUGCAGGUUUAGAAAUGGAGCCGCUUUCAAACUGCAGAUUCUUUUCAAAGACUUCUCGGCUGUGCAUCCGAAUCAGGACGGCUGCUUUUCUGUCCGAUUCGCUGGCCAGAUGAUUUGAACACAGUUUUUGUUUUGUUUUUUUUUCAUCCGAAACCCUCUGUGACUCAGACUAGAAGUUGUCCUUUUAAGUUGGGGUAUGAUUGUGUUCCCAUACCCAAAUCCAGACUGUCCCAGUUUACAGAAAGGCCUGGACUUGCAUUAGCAGAAAAGAACCCUUGGGCAUACGGGGAGAGGUUUUACAAAAGUAGUAGUAACUGUUUUAUCUUUGAUCAUAUAACCAGUUAACGUGCUGUCUGGUGAAAAAGCGCUUGUAAUAAGUUAUUUUUGAGGCAAUUUCAGUACUUGUUUACCCUGAGUGAGGUAAGUCAGUCGGUUUGUUUUGAAACUUCGCAGAUGUUCACAUUUGUCUCAUACGGUGCUACUAUGGCUGAUCCCCUACAGUCCUUGAUGUAAGGACCAUGGUUUUUGUUUGUUUGUUUGUUUGUUUGUUGGGGGGGUUAGGGGUUUUUUUUCUUUCUUUCUCCCCAGUUUCUACUUCCUGAUAUAUUUGGUCCCAACAAAUCAUGAUACCCAAGGUUACCCCCAGUUUCUCAGUUAUUGGUACUUGAAAGAAAGAUGUUUACAGCUUUUGUUCAUUUCUAUGUUUGGAUGCGUUUCUCUUGUAAGCCCGUCUGUCCAUCUUCCUCUGUCUCGGAGCUCUGCAUCGUUCUUUCUCUGCCUCUGUCCCCUCACUCUUUUCCUGGGGUUGUCGUAUGUAAAGUGUACAUUGCCACAUGUCUUUUUUUGAUACAAUAUUCUAACUUGCCUUUGUACAUUUAGGCAGAAAAUAAAUCUUUUUAUGAGACAAUCACUCCUGUAGCUCUGCCUCAUCUGUACUUUUUUCAAUUUUAGUCAUGAUGGAGCGCUGUCUUAUUUCAUUCUUAAUUCCCUUAACAUCUCAGAAGCAUUGCUGUGCUCGUAACCUUCACCUGCUCAGCUAGAGACCUGGACUGUAUUCUGUCACACUUGUGAGUCGUUUGAGGUAAAAAAUAAAAAAAAGCCGAAUGAAUAAAUGUAAAUGUACAUACUGAGUGUUUCUAAGUUGUAAAUACAUUUAAAAGCAACGUAAAUGUUUCAACGGAAUGUAAAUGGUCAAGACAAUAAAAUGUGAUUAACACCA